CCAAGUUCCCUAACUCUAUAUUACCAGCUUCUUCCAUUUCUCAAUCUCCUGGCGCUCACUCUUUUCAAGUUUCAUCCCCACCCCUCCAGUCGAGAGAGAGAGAGAGAGACUGACGAUGCUUCUGGAACUUCUUAUCUGUACGUAGAUACAGAUAGAUAGAGACAGAUAGAUCUAUACAGAAGACGACGAAGAGGGAACGGUGAGGUGUUUUUUUUGCUUCGCAGGAGAUGCCUGUUUUCGGACAUUCCGGAGGAGGCGGCGGAUUUCUGGCCGGGAAGCAGGUUUUCCCGGUGGAUUACGAGGCCGAGGUCUCGCGACGGCUUCUGGAAGCUUCGCAUUCCGGCGAUCUCCCAGCGGCGCUCGAGUGCCUCAAGGAUCCGAUCGUCGACGUCAAUUUCGUCGGCGAUGUGCGCCUGAAGGUCCGCAAGGCGGAAAUCGCGCUGCGCGAGGAGUCUCCCGGCGAAGUCCGAGUAGGCUGCGAGGAGUUAAGGACCGACGUCACGGCACUGUUCCUGGCUGCGCACAAUGGAAACGUCGCUCUCGUGAGAAAAUUGCUGAGUAUCGGAGCGGACGUGAACCAGAAACUUUUUAAGGGAUUCGCAACAACUGUAGCGGUGCGGGAGAGCCAUUUUGAAAUUUUAGAGAUGUUACUCAAGGCUGGUGCGUCUCAACAGGCCUGUGAGGAAGCUUUGCUGGAGGCCAGCUGUUAUGGGCAUGCAAGGGCAUCCGAGUUGUUGAUGGGGUCUGACCUCAUUCGUCCCCAAGUUGCGGUACAAGCCCUCUUUACUGCAUGCUGCAGGGGAUUCACAGCUGUGGUGGAUGCUCUCCUCAAGUGUGGAGUAGAUGUGAAUGCCACUAGUCGCGUGCUUCUCCAGUCAUGCAAACCAGCUCUGCACACAAACGUUAAUUGCACUGCUCUUGUUGCAGCUAUUGUUAGUCGGCAAGUCUCAGUAGUCAAUCUUCUGCUAGAGGCCAGGGCUAAAACUGAUGUCAAAGUGUGGCUUGGAGCAUGGUCAUGGGAUGCUGCAUCUGGAGAAGAAAUUAGGGUAGGUGCAGGACUAGCAGACCCCUACGGCAUCACGUGGUGCGCUGUAGAGUUCUUUGAAGAGAGCGGAACAAUCCUACGCUCCCUUCUCCAAAACAUGCGCCUCGACGCGACUCAUCACGGGAGAACACUAGUGCAUCACGCUGUUCUCUGUGGCAGCGUGGGAGCUCUCAAGGUACUCUUAGAAUGCGGUGCUGAUGUGGAGUGUCCUGUUAGAACCGCCCGAAAAACCGAGUUCCGGCCUUUACACAUGGCUGCCCGUCUCGGGCUCUCAAACGUCCUCGAGUGUCUGAGUGAUUUCGGCUGUGAUCUGGACUCAACAACAGAGACCGGUGAGACUGGUCUCAUGAUCUGCGCAAGAUACAGACAAGAAGAGUGCCUUAAAGUGUUGCUCCGAUACGGUGCGGAUUUAGCCUUGGUAAACACAACCGGUCAAUCGGCAAGUUCAAUCGCCCGUUCCAACCGAUGGGAGCAAGGAUUUCAACAUGCUGUCUUAAGCGUGGUCCGUAAUGGAAAGGUCCCCAAGUCAAGCAACAUGUUGAUUUUCUCUCCUCUGCUGUUUGCUGCUCGAGCCGGAGACGUCACAGCCUUGAAAACUCUUAUUGAUAAAGGGGUCGAUCUCGACCGUCAAGACGAAGAGGGAUUCUCGGCUGUCAUGCUUGCCGCGAGGGAAGGCCACGUGGAUGCCUUCCGCCUGCUCGUCUUCUCGGGCGCCAAUGUCAAACUCUGCAGUCGUCAAGGAGACACCGCGCUGACUUUAUGUGCACGGAAUCACAAGUGUGACCUGUUCGAAAAGGCGCUCCUGGAGUUUGCCCUCCAACAAGGCAACCGUUGUGCCGGAGGGUCGUUCUACGCCCUACACUGUGCCGCCCGCCGGGGGGACUCGGAAGCAGUGGAACUAUUACUAAGCCGAGGCUAUGACGUGAACCUACCCGAUAGGGAUGGGAACACCCCCCUGAUGCUGGCAGCCAGCGAAGGCCGGGGCCACACGUGUGAGCUUCUGAUCUCCCACGGGGCUUCUUGUGACGCGAAGAACAGUAAAGGCGAAACGGCGCUGUCGCUGGCAAGAAGGAAACAUAAAAACGACGCGGAACGCGUCGUGUUAGACGAGCUCGCACGAAAAUUGGUGGUUGCCGGCGGGUCGUUGAAGAAGUACACGAAGGGCGGGAGAGGGGCUCUGCACGCGAAGGAAGUCAGGAUCUCCAAAUGUGGGGUGUUGUGUUGGGGUAAAUCGAGCAGGCGUAAUGUGGUGUGUCGAGAGGCAGUGGUGGGGCCCAGCAUCGCCUUUCAGAAGAUUAGGCUGCGGCGGAGGAGGGGAGACGUGGAAGAGGAGGCGGGGCUGUUUCGUGUCGUCACCACCAUGGGCAAGGAGGUGCACUUCGUCUGUGAAGGCGGGUCGGAGAUGGCGGAGAUGUGGGUGAGGGGGCUAAACCUUGUGACAAAAGAGGGUAGAGAGGAAGGAGUCUGUUUUAUAGGCUUGUAGGUUCGGAGUCGUAGGUUGUGGCCUUUUACAUUUGUUCAACGCUCUUUUUUUUUUAUUCUCUUGAAAUGAGUAUUGAACAAUGUGUGAAAGACUACAUUUGUUGAACACUUAACCUAUCGAUGCACUUUGAAAAGUUCAAAGUUGGUGUGAUAAUGUAAAUGAUUUUCUCUGGUCCCGUGUUUUAAAGGUGUGAUAUGGAGUAUAAUAGUCCUCGUUUGAACAAAUUUUACAUAAUAAUACUUUCUAGCGUUA